UUAAUUACACGUGAAAUACAUUUUCAAAACAAAUUUGGUUUUUAUACGAAUUGAAAAUCAAUUAAUUAUGAAUUUAGGGAUCAUUUUAGCGACCUUUUUGCCGGCGUCUCUCUUCCUCUCAAUCCUAUUCCCCAAUCCAUCCAAUGGAGUGAGUGGACACACCUCUCCCUUCCGAUACCUGCUAUCGCUCUCAAUCCCGGCUUUCAUCGGUUGGAAGGCUUUAAACAAGAAGUCACUCGACUUGAGUGGAUUCCUCACCGCAAUGAUGUGUGGAUUUGUGCUAACACUCAGCAAUUAUUGCUUUACGGUAUCACUUCUGGUAUUCUUCGUGAGCUCUUCAAAGGCAACAAAGUAUAAAAGCGAACGAAAGCGUGAAAUAGAAGUGGAUUACAAAGAAGGCGGACAACGGAAUUGGGUUCAAGUGAUCAGCAAUGGAGGUGUGGCCACACUAUUAGCCAUUUUCUAUUUGCUUCAGAACGGGUCCGGAGAGACGGCAAUCAAUUUCAUUACUGAUUACGAGACAUCUUGGUUGGCGACCUCUGCUUUAGGAGCCAUUUGUUGCGCAAACGGCGAUACCUGGGCUUCAGAACUGGGAUCCGUCUUAUCGACAGGCAAUCCAUAUUUGAUAACAACUCUAAAACCGGUUCCCAAAGGAACAAAUGGCGGCAUUUCUAUCAUUGGACUCAUUGUUAGCGCUUUAGGAGGAAUUGUUGUUUCGUUUGGAUUUUUAUUGACUUUAAUGCUAUGCGUGGAAAGUGAAGCAUACAAUUCCAGUCCUCCUCAAUGGCCACUCCUUAUAGUCGGACUCUUUUCUGGUCUUUUCGGCUCUUUAGUCGACUCACUCUUAGGAGCGACUCUUCAAUACUCAGGCUUUGAUAAGGAAACGAAUAAAGUUGUGGAGAUUGAGGGCCAACACAUCCAACAUAUCUCUGGUCGCCUUCUACUCGACAAUCAUUCGGUUAAUUUACUCUCAAACCUCUUCACAGCUAUCGUUUCGCCUUAUUUUGCGUUAUAUUUAUGGACUAAUAUCUCAUCAAUUGAAACGUGAAUUGAAAGAUAAAAAACAAUUUUGAUAUUUAAAAUAUGAGGUCGAUUUCAAUGUUCCUAAACAUCGC